AUGGACAGCAAUCAACACCCUGUCUAUCUCGAUGUUCCCGUCACAGACGCUGAGCGGGCUCAGGCUAGGCGGCGACACGAUGACAGCUCCGAUAGACUCUUACCAGAACCCGUUCACCAACAUCCAGUAGAUACAUUAUCAUGGUCCCAAUACAAUGCACCAGCACCAAGUCGCUUCCCGUCUAUACGGGGCCCCCCGGGAAUUCGACAAUUACCCCCAAGUAUCUCGAGAAGGUUCGAGCCUCGUCAAUACGCCCCGAUUUCCCCUAUUCACGAAGAAGACGAACCAGAAUCCAUCCAACUCCAGGCUCCAUCAGUAUACAACAAGUCCGAUGAAGGUUCUUUGCUUCGACUACAACACCCGGCCCCUCCGUUAUGGACUCACAUUUGGCUGAAAAAGGUGACACUGAUCCUCUUCGCGAUUUUCUUCGCGCUUCUGGUAUUGGCCCUAGCGCUCCUUUGGCACUUCGACCGUAUCAACGAUGGAUUCCAUGUCGCAAGUGGCAUGAAGCAUUAUGCCUGGGCUUACGCUCCAACGGUCAUUGCCGUCGUCAUUGUUGCGGCAUGGAGGAUGGUGGAUUACCAUGCGAAGCUGGCGAUGCCUUUCGAUGCCCUCCAAGACGGGCCAUUAAAAGCUUCCGAAAGCCUGUUUGUCGACUAUAUUUCCAAGUUCCAACUGGUGGCACUGUUUGAAGCGAUCAAGAACAAUCAUUUUGCCGUGUUUACGACAGUCGUGGGAUUCAUUCUAUUAAAAGUUGCUACGGUAUUCUCAACAGGACUUUUGGUUCCAUUGCCAACUCAGGUGAGGCAGAGCAAUGCUCCAAUUCUUGCGCGAGGUUUCAGUAGCGACUCGUUCGAUCCCAACGCACCUUUGGGCUCAUUGGCUGUGGCUUCUCCGGUGUAUGCAUACUAUGGAAGCAAAACACAGGGUAUUCCCCCUGAGAGCGGCGUGACACUCGAUUUGGCGUACGGCGCAAUCACGGUGGCGUCAAAUACUUCGGUCGGACAGAAUGCGAUCAUCACGGCCAACGUCGCGGCAUUUGUUCCAAAUAUGACUUGCAGUCGACUGGAUGUCCAGUUGGACACUCCAUCCGUCGUGAAUGACACCAACUCCGCGGAGGCAUUUGCAUCUUCUUCAAACAUCUCUUUCACCAUCCAAGCUGGCGAAGCUUGCAGCCGUGCAUCCUCUGUCAGUGUUCCGGCUUACAAUCCAUAUACUGAGAUUGUUCCUGGACGUCAGCUGACUGGCACUAUGCAAGAAAUAUAUUGUGGCACGACCAUUGAGAAUGCCACAGACUCUCAAGGCCCUCAGGGUCUGCUGUUCACACUGACCGACAUAAAAUAUGAACAGACUCUGUUCGACAACGCUACUCAACUUGCCGGCGGUACUUUCACCAUCGCUAGUGACGUGUCGAGAACUCUUUCUAAUAUGACAAAUGUGUUUUGCAAGCCUUCUUACUCCAUGGCCGAAGUCAAGGUGAUUAAUAAAACUCAAUUCAGUGACAGCCAUCAAGACAUUACCAUCGAGUCCACCGACGGGCCCAACAGCAGUCUGCCUACCUUCUCGAAUUGGAAUACCACCAGUCUCUUUCUUCAGUCCGCCACAGCUGCUGAUGCUCUAUUUGGAGACAUUGUCAAUGAUGACACAUCUUCGAAUUCAAGUGGUAUUUUUACGCUAAUGGCUCUCGGCGAAGGCUCUCAAGACAUCAGUUCGCUGAUGGAUGCGGACAAGAUGAUCUCCGCCGCCCAAGAGACUUACAAAGGUGUUUUGUCACAAUACGCUCACCAAUCUUUGAGGGCCGCUGAGCCUAGCGAAGUCGACGGGGGCACCUUCACCAAGGAAGAGCGGAGACUGCGCGUCAACGAUGCCUCGGUGUGGACGAUGGCCUCAAUUUUUGGAUUUUUGGUGAUCUUCUGCAUUGCCCUUGUGUUCAUCGCUCCACGAGCAGUUGCUCCACGAGAUCCGAGCUCCAUCGCUGCCAUCGCUACAAUACUUACACGAAGCACCGAGCUGAACAGGCUUUUGAGGAAGCAGGGUGUUCCAAACUUCGCCAAUCAACAGUCAGCCUUGUCUGGAUUCGAAUUUGGGACCGCUAUAGCAGUCACGGACUCUGGCACCAUGAGUUUCAAAAUCGUGGCCUCAGAAGGAGAGCCAACACAAGCCGCAACAGAACCCAAUAUGGAGUUGAAAUGGUGGCUACCAUUUACUGCUUCCCUUCCAGUCCUGUUCAUCACAUUGGCGCUACCGUUGGUGUUGAUUGCUGUUCUAGAGGUUGUCCAACAUUCUUCGGACAAGCACAAUGGACUCUUUACGGUUGCAGACAACAAAUGGACCGAGAUUUACAGCCAUUAUAUUCCUGCUAUUGUCACAUUGAUGGUCGCUUCGCUGGUCAACAUGCUGGACUUCAACGUGGCUCUAUUUGCACCCUGGGCUAAUCUAGCGAGGGGGGACGCCACCAGUCGAAAAUCCGUACUCCACCAUCUGCUGGGCCUGCUACCUCCCUGGGCCUUCCUACGAGCCAUCCGCACCCGGUAUGUUGGUGCCCUGCUGAGUAUCUUAGCCGCGGGAUUGGCAAGCGUGUUGACCAUCCUCGUUUCGGCGCUCUACACCGUUCAACACGUUACCGUUAACGGACCCGACAUCACUCUAACCCAGCUCGACUCCUUUAGCCUGCAGUGGCCAAACAGUUUCUCUACGGACAAUGGAGCUGCCGCAGUUGUGGAUCUUAUAAUGCACCAAAAUAUCAGCUAUCCUCAGUUCACUUACGAGGGUUUGGUCUUUCCGAAGCUGGCUCUUAACAGUUCAGAAGCGGCAUCUGGCUCUGCGUCGAUUGUGAGCGGGUCAUCCAGUCAUAUUCUUCCUGGGUUACGAGCCAACUUGCGUUGUGAGGUUCUACCAAGUUCCUCCUUCAACGUUUCCACUGAGCAGGCUGGCGGAGACAGUGCGUUUGCCACCAACCAAGCGUUUGUCACCGCCACAGCAUCCCUUCCGGACUCAUGUCAGCUUGGUGGUUCCAGCGGAACCGGCAGUACUGUGACAUAUGAGAAUAAUUUUGAGCUCCCUUCUGGAGAGGACGGCACCUACGCUGGUGCACAAUUAGAUCUUCUGUUUGGGUCGAACGCAUCUACCUAUGGGAACUAUGGAGAAAAUCGAGGACAGUACAUUGGCGACAAUCCCGCCGUGGGUUGUCCCAGUCUUGCAUUUACGUUCGGCCACUUCAAACUCGGCAGCGCAGAUCAAACCCAGGUCACCACGAUGAUUUGCUACCAGGAAAUUCAAGAUCUGAAGGCAAAUGUGACGCUCAAGGAUAAUACUACCUCUAUCGACCCCAACAAUCCACCCACCGUUCAAAGCGGAAGUGUGUCUUUGCGCUCGAAUCCGAUCAGUACCACCGGUGCAAAAUCCUUUGACUUUCGCAUCCAAAACAACCUUGCCCAGGAGAUGACGUUGUUUAACGGCGCUGAAGGGACACCGACAUCCGACCCUUCUGCUACCACCAUCUUCGAUAUCUACUUCCAGGCCGUCAUAAACGGCACGAACAAGCACGACCCAGCAGCCCUUGUCGGUGAGGAUAACCAAGACGCCCUUGUUGACGCGAUCAACCAAUUUUACCGGGUCUACAUGGCUCAAUCAAUCUCCACAAACAUGCGUACCUCGUCGUCUUCAUCAUCGUCAUCAUCGUCAUCAUCCAACUCUUCCCGCCUCUUUCGCAGGCAGUCAUCGACCACAAGCACCACGGCGACAACAAUCACAACGAGUCGCCUCGUACAAGACAAAGACAGCAAACUUGAGCUCCAAGUCAUCCUAGGCGUUAUCGUUGGCCUCUGCGCGGCAGCCUGGCUCACGACCAAGAUGCGCCGCGUGCUGCCGUGCAACCCUUGCUCUCUGGCCGGAACCAUGUCCCUUCUCGCCGGCAGCGACCUGUGCCACAGCGUCGACGACGGUCUCUGUGAGUGCUGCGGCAAACCACGCCGCCGAUCGUUCGGGUACGACACGAAUAGUCGGCCCGAAAGCAUCCACGCCGCUCCGGACGAUGACGACGAGGAAGAUGGGCGGCAGCAAAUCAUCCCCGACGGCGCCGAGUGGAUGCCGCAGUCUCAGUUCGAGACGGCGUUUGGUGGGCAAAGGUACAGCAUGGGCUGGUGGCGGGAGCGACGGGCGGUCGGUAAACGAAGACGGUUCGGCGUCGACGUCGGUGAGAGAGCAGACGGCGCCGACGACCAGGAUUGGGAGCUUGGACAGCGCCGGCCCGAAGGCUCUGGGUUUGCAGAUUUCAUGAUGCGUGGAGGCGACCGAGACGGGCGGGGCGAGUACGAGACGUUCGGGCGCGGGAGGGAUCACAUCAUUCCCGACCCUGCGGCUGUCGAAGGAGGCAUUCCAGAGGAGAGGGAGGUCAUUGCGAGGCCGCCGCGUGCAACGAUGCCCGCGAAUCCAAAUCCGUCAUGCCCUGUUCACGGUGGUGUAGUGGUGGGUGAAGCGGUGGCGGCGGCUUCUAGACCGCGGACUCCAAACCCUUCUUGUCCGGUCCACGGUGGCCUGGGAGGCGACUCGGGCCCGGCGACCAUAGCACGCAGAGAAGGCUCUUAUUUAGGGGGUGAAGCGUAG